AAAUUUCUAUCUUUAUUUUCUUAUUAGAAUUAGUUCAUUAUACUAUAAUAGGAACCGUGGUAGGAUUAACACAAUCUAGGAUAAAAAGACUUUUUGCGUUUAGUACAAUAUCACACGUAGGAUUUAUAUUAUUAGGUUUAAGUAUUCACACUGUAGAGUCAACACAAGCCUUUAUGUUCUAUUUAAUUCAAUAUUCUGUCUCGAACUUAAAUGCUUUUAUCUUAAUAUUAACAAUAGGUUACUCUCUAUAUUGUUAUGUAGAUAAUGCUAAAUAUACAAAGACUAUUGGAAAACAAGAAGAUACUAAUAAAAACAAUGAUAAUUUAAGUGAUGUUAAUAAUUCUCCUAUUCAGCUUAUUGAUCAAUUGAAAGGGUAUUAUUAUAUAAAUCCUAUAAUAGCCUUAAGUUUAGGUAUAACUUUAUUCUCUUUUGCAGGAAUACCACCUUUAAUAGGGUUCUUUGGUAAACAGAUGAUUUUAAGUGCAGCUAUUGAUAACGGGUAUAUUUUUAUGGCCUUAGUUGCUAUAUUAACAAGUGUUAUAAGUGCUGUAUACUAUUUAGCUAUAAUAAAACAAAUCUUUUUUGAUAGACCAGAUUAUAUUAUAAACGAGGAACUAAAGGAUUUUAAUGCAGAUGGUUUAAUAACUGAAAAAAAUUCUAUUGUUAAAAAAGUUAAUAUUAAAAUAAACAACAUUGUUAUAUCAACCUCGUUAAGUUUAUCUAUUUCAGUUAUUACAUUAGUAAUAACAUUAUUUAUUUUUAUACCUGAAGAAUUAUUAAGUUUAGCUAAUAUAUUAGCAUUAAUACUUUUUAAUUUAUAA